UUACACUUUGUUUUCUUUAGCCGGCAUUUAUUUGUUCUUCUUUCAAUUGCGUAAAUUCUUGAAUUUUUUAAAGUUAUUGAUUUUAAUGGCUCUCCAAAAGUUAAAUCUUCUUCCUUUCAACCUAAUCAACACCUCUAAAAGGUUUAUACAUACUACCACAAGAAAAUGUAAAACAUUUCGUCAAAUGUAUCGUGAUUUCUGGACACCAAAACAGGGCAAUCAACCACCCUAUGGCCACUUUACACAAGUUGGAGAUCCUGUGUUACGUUCAGCAGCCGCUGAGGUACCAAAGGAUAUGUUAAAUAGUAAAGAAAUUGAUAUGAUUGUGGAUCAAAUGAUAAAAGUUUUAAGAAAGUACGAUUGUGUCGGGAUAGCCGCACCACAAAUUGGUGUAUCUUUGCGUAUUAUUGUUAUGGAAUUUAGAAAGGAUUUGGAUAAGAAAUUUACAAAGGAAGUCUAUGAGGCUAGGAAGAUGUCACCACUGCCGUUGACGGUUAUGAUUAAUCCCACCUUAAAAGUAACCAACUACACUAAACAUAAACAUCCCGAAGGCUGUAUGAGUGUUCGUGGCUAUUCUGCGGAAGUUGAACGUUACGAAGGUGUUACCUUAACGGGCAUAGGUAAAAGGGAUACACCCUCCGAGCUACAACUAACAGGUUGGAAUGCACGUAUAGCACAACAUGAAAUGGAUCAUUUAGAUGGCAAACUAUAUAUAGAUCAAAUGGAUCGUUCAACAUUUUAUUGCACCUGUUGGGAGACGGUCAAUUCAAAGGCAGGACGUGUGGAAAUACCAUUUUAUAAGUAAAAAUUGAAUACACUAUCUCAGAGGAAACUUUUACUUUCAAAUUUUCUAAGAAAAGAAAAUUGUACAUUCUAAAAUAGAAUUUUGUUUUGAUUUUCAAAAUCUGCAGAUUACAAUAUUAGGUGCAAUUUUUGAAAUAUUACUAGUUUUGUUAUUAAUUAUUGAAAAAUAAAGUCUAUUUGU